CCUCCAAAUAUCGGAUAGAAGAAGAAGUAGUAGUCACGUGACCCAGCUGUGGCCCUCCCAGUGUUAAAGUAGCGGGGCUGACCUGAGCGCUUGACUGGUCAUUGAUGUUGCUCCGCUUUUGUUUACUACAGUUUUGGACCCAUGGGAUUCCCAAGGCAGAUUAAGAGACUGGUCUGACUGGUAGAUGUGAUGGUGUUACCGGGUGCAGGGGCUCUCCUGCGGGCUGACAGCUGAUGCAGAGGAGUCCCUGCUCCUCCUCCUCCUCCUCUCAGACAGACAGCCGAUGAGGAGGCAGCAGAGCCUAGAAAUGACACACUGAAAAAAACUUGAGCAUGGAUUAACUGGAAGCACUGGGAUGAGCGGAACAGAUUGGAUGCUUUGCCGGAGUAAAUGUCUGCAAGAUUUAAUCCACUGAAAUGUAUUUGAAAACGGCAAGAAAAAACUGCCAGAGUGGGUUUCUGGAUAUUUGUCCCGUGCGUUUAUCUGUUGCCUUUAUAUUGAGAAACCAUCAACACGGCAGUUUACUGACUCAGCACAACAUCAUGAAUUAAAUGUGUGCCUUUUCUUGUCUAAGCAGUUUAUUCGGCUCCAAAUUGUAUUUAACCUCGUGUUUUAUGACCUCACUAAUGCUUUAUAGAAAUUUUCACUGAUCAACUUUAAGAGUUACAAACUGCCAAGAAAGUCAAUUAAAAAUAAAAAAUGCAAGGACUGUGCAUCCAUAUCACCGUAUUAUAUCCAUCACUGAAUCCGUAACUUCAUUGGAAGAACGGUGCUUGUAACAGUACCAACCCCUCUGAAGGUUUUCUUAAAGUCCUGCAAGAUUUUGGCCCACGGGGGUGGAGAGAGCUGCGGGAAUGUUUGCUGCCGUGGAGCAUGGCCCGGUACUCUGCAGCGACUCCAACAUCUUGUGUCUGUCAUGGAAGGGCCGUGUGCCCAAGAGCGAGAAGGAGAAGCCUGUAUGCAGGAAGCGCUACUAUGAGGAAGGCUGGCUUGCCACCGGAAAUGGUCGAGGAGUUGUCGGGGUCACGUUUACAUCCAGUCAUUGCAGGCGGGAUCGGCCUACCCCACAACGAGUGAACUUCAACCUCAGAGGACACAACAGCGAGGUGGUCCUGGUGCGAUGGAACGAGCCCUUCCAGAAACUGGCUACCUGUGACACAGAUGGAGGGAUUUUUGUUUGGAUCCAAUAUGAAGGUCGCUGGUCUGUAGAGCUGGUCAAUGACCGUGGAGCUCAGGUGAGUGAUUUCACCUGGUCCCACGAUGGCGCUCAGGCUCUUAUCUCCUACCGUGAUGGUUUUGUCCUGGUGGGUUCAGUCAGUGGGCAGAGACACUGGUCAUCUGAGAUCAACCUGGAAAGCCAGAUUACUUGUGGUAUCUGGACCCCUAAUGACCAGCAGGUCUUGUUUGGUACUGCAGAUGGACAGGUGAUAGUGAUGGACUGCCAUGGGCGCAUGCUGGCCCACAUUCUGCUGCAUGAGUCUGAUGGUAUUGUCAGUAUGUCCUGGAACUACCCCAGUUUCCUGGUGGAGGACAGCAGUGAGAGCGACACAGACUCGGAUGAAUUCUCGCCACCACAAGUGCACAACCGGAAACCAAUGCUGACAGUCAGCUUCACCUCUGGAGACAUCAGCCUCAUGAACAACUACGAUGAUCUUUCUCCCAUCCUCAUCCACACUGGUCUGAAAGAUGUGGUGGUCCAGUGGUGCUCCCAAGGGGACCUUCUGGCAGUGGCAGGGAUGGAGAGAACUCUUCUCUCCCUUGAUCCUGCCUCUCCAUCACCCACCAGGAAUGCGAUUGUCAAGUUCUACAACAUUUGUGGUGAACACAUCUACACAAUGGACACACCAGCACAGCGUCCUAUCACCACGCUCUGCUGGGGUCACCGGGACUCUCGUCUGUUUUUGGCGUGCGGCCCUGCGCUCUACGUUGCACGAGUGGAGCAUCGUGUCGCCAGCUUGCAGCUCCUUUGUCAACAGGGCAUCGCUGCGGCACUGAAGGAGGAAAAAGAUGUCGCCAAGCUCACCAUGCCUUCCCGCCUCUGUUCUUAUGUCACUGCGGCGUUUGUCCCUACCAUCAAGCCACCAAUACCAGAUUCUAACAACAUGCGCGAUUUUGUGAGCUACCCAACAACCGGGAAUGAGCGUCUGCACUGUACCAUGAAGCGCACAGAGGAUAACCCUGAGGUGGGGGGGCCUUGCUACACUCUUUACCUGGAGUACCUCGGAGGUCUGGUGCCUAUCCUCAAGGGUCGGCGAAUCAGUAAACUGCGCCCUGAAUUUGUCAUUAUGGAUCCCAAGACAGACGGAAAAACAGAUGACAUAUACAGCAACAGUUUAAUAUCUGCCAUGAUUGACAGCUGUAACUGUUCGGACUCCAGUGACAUUGAGCUGAGUGAUGACUGGGUUGGCAAAAAAUCUCCAAAAAUAUCGAGGGGCAGCAAAUCCCCCAAACUGCCCAGAGACUUAGUCUGUCCCUUUACCAACAGGAUCAACAUUGAUCCCAGAAAAUCUCCUAAACUUUCCCGAGCUACGCAGGAGGUAUCAAGGUCACCACGGUUACCCAUAAGGAAGCCCUCGAUUGGAUCUCCAAGUCUAUCAAGGAGGGAAUUCCCUCUAGAUGACAUCACUCAGCAAAAUUACCUUGCUCAGGUCACAUCUAAUAUUUGGGGAACAAAGUUUAAGAUUGUGGGUCUGGCUACUUUUUUGCCUACCAAUCUUGGUGCAGUAAUCUAUAAGACAAGUCUCCUCCACCUACAGCCCAGACAGAUGACCAUCUACCUGCCAGAGGUGCGCAAGAUAUCCAUGGACUACAUCAAUCUUCCGGUCUUCAGCCCUAAUGUCUUCAGCGAAGAUGAAGAUGACCUGCCUGUUACAGGCCCUGCUGGCAGUGCUGAUGACAAUCCACCCUGCACUGUUAACAUCCCCAUUGCACCCAUUCAUAGUCCUGCCCAGGCCAUGUCUCCUGCUCAAAAUAUUGGCCUUGUUCAGUCACUUCUGGCUAAUCAAAAUGUUCAUCUGGAUGUGCUAACAAAUCCCACAGUGACGCCAGCUGGGAUGACUGCGAGUGGAUCCGACCAAAGCCACGACGCCACCAUACUAACGGCACAGUACACAGUUCCAACCCGGUACUCCAGUCCGGGUCAAGUCAUUUUUGGGGGACUGGACAUGGGACGGCUAAUGGUGGGAUCUCCGCCGUCUCAUCAUCCUUCACAACAACAGCAACCACUAAGCCACCAACAACAGCAGCUCCAACAACUCCAACAGCAACAGCAGCUUCAACAACAGCAGCUUCAGCAGCAACAGCAGAUCCAACAACUUCAACAGCAACAGCAGCUUCAACAGCAUAUGUUGCAACAGCACAUCCAGCAGCAGCUCCAACACAUCCAGCAGGAGCAGCUCCAGCAGCACAUACAGCAACAGCUGCAACAGCAGCAGAAUCAGAUGCAGCAACAGCAGCACCCCUAUCAAAUUCAACAACCACCACAACAGCUCCAAAUUCAAAUCCCUGUCCCCUCUGUGUCAUCAAGUCAGCCUUCAGCUGUUCAUCAACUCCAGCCGGGGGCGCUGCAGAUCCCGAUCCCUCAGCCGCCUUCUGAUUUGGUAGUUGAGAGAAUUGCAGGGGCCGACCACGAGCUUUUACUUAAAAUCAAGACAAAUCUGUCAGCUCCGCAGCUGGCGGAGGGCGAUACAGUGGUGUUCGCUGCUCCCCUAGAGAUGAGCAAAAUGAACCCCCCGCCGCCCUACCCCGGGACAGUGGCUGCUGCAGCCUCAGCAUCAGCUUCCAUUGCUGCAGGAAGCACCAGUGGGACCCUUCCCCCUGCUGACCUUUGCCUGAAAAAGGGUGAGUCCCCACUUUAUGCUUCUGGUCAGCCACCAGCACAGUACCCCACACCGCUGGGUUAUGAGAGGAUAACCACCUUUGACAGCAGUGGAAAUGUGGAGGAAGUGUGUCGGCCUCGUACGCGCCUCGUCUGUAAUCAAAGUGUCUACACAUUACAGGGGCCUGGCAGCUCAGCCACUCUCAGGGUCAACUCAUCAUCUUCGGCUGAUAGCAAGAAGGUUCAGCUGCCCUUCUCCUCUGCCACACUUAACAGACUCACUGUGCCCCGCUAUUCCAUACCUAGUGGAGACCCGCCCCCAUACCCUGAGCCUGCCAAUCAGAACACUGCCAUCGGCAGGAAUCCUGGACAGAGGUUCGAUACCAGUUUGAUCCACGCAACACUCAGAAGGAACAGCCGAGAAGCCGCUGUCAAAGUUUCUCAGAUGCUGGAGCCACCUAGGCCACUGCCUCCAAAGACUAAGAAUAGUGCACUAGCAGCCUCUUUCCAACAGAGGGUGCCACCAGCCUUAUACACCUGUAGUCAGUGUAGCAGUGGAUCCAGUAUUGGAGGCACUGCCCCAGGUAGCACUAAUGGAAUAGCAGGGGGAACUAUUAUUAGACAGGACUUUCCUCCAGGGAAUGGGGCACCACAUAGUACAGUUAUUGUUCACUCAAACAGUGCAACUCCACUAGCCUCUCAGUCCUCUUAUAACCUACUGAGCAAUCUUGAUGGAUCUGGAACUGGGACAGCGGGAGGAGGAAACAAAGACAAAGCUGACUAUGUUAAUUCAGCUUUUACAGAGGAUGAAUCAUUAAGUCAGUCACUGAGGCAUCUGUCACUGGGAGGAAAUGAUACGUCAGGUCUAGUUAUCAAACGUCCCCCGCCCUAUCAGUGGGACCCGGCUGCCACAGAGGAGGUGUGGGUUCCUCAAGAACGGACAGCAUCACUCAACCCCAUUCCCCCAUCUGGAUCUCACAAACCACCCCCCUUAAUUAUCAGUCCAGCUCAGCAUUUGGAUUUGUCCAGACUGCCUUUUGUUCUGUCUCCAAAGUCUCCCACCAACCCAAAUGCUCCAUCGUUCCAAGCCGCUGUGGCAGCUGCUGGGUACCAAAUUUCUCUUCAGUACCCCCAGGCAACUGCCUAUUCUGGAGCUCAGCUCCAACCAGUCCCAGGGCCACCAAACCCUUGUUCAUCUCCAAAUGAGGUCGUGGCACCAGUGCCCUUUUCACAGGCGGAUGCAUCCCUAGUUUUACCACCAGGUUACCCAGCAAAUCUGGCCAACAUAGCCUGCUGUUCUCUUCCACCUAUGUAUCCAGGAGGAAGUACUUGUGCCGGGCUUCCCAUCACUCCCGUUGCCCUUCACACACCCUGGGGCACCUAUAACGCUUGCCCCCCAAUGCCUGCUCCUGCAGUCCCACUGCCACCCAAAGCCUCUCACAUGAGUGCAGACAAAAAGGUUCUCUCACCACCUCCGCCGCCACCACCUCCUCCACCAUCACCACCUCCACCACCAGAGCCACAAAGUCACGGGGGUCUAACGGAACCCAUGGCAGAGGGAAGGGAAUGCUUCCAGGAGGUACUUUCCCUAACCGAGAGUCCUGUGCCCCAGCGCUCAGAAAAGAUGAGCAAGAAGAACCGUAAGAGGGUGGAUAGUCUUGUCGAGGAAGCUAACAUGCAACCUGUGGCAGAAGGAAGCAAGUCCAAGAAAGAAGGCAGGGCUCUGGGUGAUUUCAACUCUCUGAUCGCCAGUCCACGGCUAGGAGGCAGAGACAAGAAGAAGUUGAAGGGACAGAAAGAGCAGCAGCUGAAGACCAAGAAGCUGAGUAAAGUCCCUGCAAAUAGUGAGUUCCAAGAUAGUUCAGAAAGCGAACCAGAAUUGUUCAUCAGUGGGGAUGAGCUGCUUAACCAGUGCCAGAGUGGGAAGAAGGGCUGGAAGAGUAAGAGGAACCUUAGGGCUGCCAAUGAAAUGGAUGAGAUUAAGUGCCGAAAGGCCAGUGAGAAGGAGGAUCGUGGCCUAGGUAGCCAGGGUUUCGUAUACAUCAUGGCAAACAAGCAGCCACUGUGGAAUGAAGCUACACAGGUGUAUCAGUUGGACUUUGGUGGACGUGUCACGCAAGAGUCUGCCAAAAAUUUCCAAAUUGAACUGGAAGGAAGACAGGUGAUGCAGUUUGGCAGGAUUGAUGGCAAUGCCUACAUCCUGGACUUCCAGUAUCCUUUCUCUGCUGUGCAAGCCUUUGCAGUGGCUUUAGCCAAUGUUACUCAGCGCCUAAAAUGACAAGUACCAUCCCAACUCAACUCAAGUUCUAGCUAAGAUUCGAUGCAAUCUCUUGGAAGUGGCCAGGUGGGUUCAUUUGACAUGAACAAACUUGAACUUUGGAGCUACAACUAAAACCAGCCUUGGGUCACGGAGAGAUACAAUCACGCUGCACUACACAAUGCUGCCACUAGAGAUGCCACAAAAAAACAUUGGCUGCAUUUACCAAGGAUGUUACACGUGGCACCUUGCAAUGCACGUAGGGCCAAAGAGCUGAGCUUUUUAUUUUUAUUUUUUUUUUCCUGUUUUUGUAAUCAUCAUGCAAAUAAAUGCUGCUUUAGCUAGAAGAUGCUUAAAGACAUGAUAACUGAAAGAGGAAUUGUCAACAGUCCAGCUUUCUAAAGGAGCAGCGAUGAUACUUGAAAACCACACUCUGGGUUGAAAGCUCCUUUUCUCCUAGCGUGUAGAGGUACUACUGGGCACUGAAAUCCAUUGCUGUACAAACCUAAGUGAAACAGUUACCACUUAAUUAUACUGCUUCUAGAAUUUUAUUAAAUUACUUGGCAGAGGACUGGGAAGCGGGGGGGGGGGGGGGGGGUGUCCUUGUGGUUUGCUCUCUGCCAUUUCUUUUACUAUCAGCCUUUCUUGGCUGAAAUUGAUGCCUAGGUUUACACAUUUUCGAGGAGCCCUUUUGAGUUCACGUUUUUCACUGUUAUGAAACAUCACUGUUGAAUACUUGGAAAGGUGACAUUAGAAAAUAGCCGAACUGAAAUGCAGUGUUUUCUACAAGGAUUCCUGGGACUUUGAAGGAAGUAGAAAUGUUGCUGUCCAAUGUUAAUUUAUACGUACACGUCUUAAUUUGUUGGGUAUUCUAUUGAAUAUGCUGUGUAACAUUGCAGUUAUGUGAUAUACAAUCUUCAUACCGUAACAUGGUUUUCAGCUUACCCACGUUAUCUGGGAGACUAGUAGUUGAAUUUGAAUAUUACUGUGUAGUUUGGAAACUUGAGAUAGGACUGACACAUCCUGUACUUGGUGAAAUCUCUCCAUGCGGUGACAGAGGUGCCUCUUGGCAUGAAGUGAUUUGUCACCUGCUGUCACUUCUGUGAAGUGAGUGUGUAUUUCGGGGCUGACCCUGCUAUUAAAACCCACAUUAACCAUGUUAGCAAGGUACAAGAUAUAUUUUUUUGUACAUUUUGCUCACUCCGUUUCAUAAUUCUUUUCCGAAGUUGUGUAAAUACAUAUCAGUCAUGUAAAUGUUGACUCUGACAGAUGUUUGUUUACACCUGUCUUCUCUACCGUGUUAGUCAGUGAACAUGCUUAGCCAUCUAGGUAGAGGAAGAUAGAAGAUAUCUUGAAGUUUAGUCAAAAGGAACUGGACUUCAUGUUUGGUCUUUUAAGAUGUUUUUCUGCUCACCCGAGUAGCUUUGUCCAGAAAUGUCUCGAAGACUAGGCUGUACUUAAGUAUACUUUCAGGUGUUUUUUAAAAACAAACAAACAAAAAAACUAUUAAGCUGAAAGAAUUUCUACCGACGCUUUGAAGUUAUAACUCCAGUGAAGGAUGAAGCGGUCGACAUUAUUUGAAAUCUGUAAUGCCGGUGACAUUUGAAGGCAGUUGAGUUCUCGAUAAUGCGAGAACGUAGAGUGAAGUCGGCCGAUGGGAGAGAAACAUUGGCAACAUGACAAAAGCCUGCAGUAGGAUUUGAAUGGAAACUACAAAUAGCUAAAAUUGCAGUAAUUAUUUAGGCUUGAAUUUUUUUUUUUUUUUUUUUUUUAAACGUGAUUCAAAUGUGCCAAUUUUAUAAUAUGAAAUGGGCCCGUAGGGAUGCAGAAAUGUGCUUGAUAUAAAGGAAGCUAUCAUGUCAUGCCAAUGCUCUAUAGUCUUUGAGUUGACCUUAUAAUCUUUUCCCAAAAUUACUGGAUUUCUGGGUUUAGAGGAUACAAGAUUUUGUACCAAGCCUUAUGACUGUGUUAUGGCAUGUUUGGCUAUUGAUGGGGUGCAUCAUGAAAACCCAAGUUAAUGCUUACAUAAAGGAUCAUGAUUAACCGGUUAAAAAUUAGGAAGACAAUAACAAAGUGCAGUUAUAGUGCUUUCAUCCAUUUCACCUGUCAAUAGUCAGACGGAGCAGUGCGAGAUGUUUUGGCUGUCCCCUCCUUGUCCAGGGUCUCUACGAUGGAUUCAGUAGAAAUCCGCAUUGGGAUUUGACACAAGUUUUACACUGGUAGUAAUUCCAGUUGUACAUGGAGAAACAUGUAGUAGUACCGGAUAUGAAAAAUGGUAACUCAAAAUCUAGUAAUUUCAGGAAAAUGCUUUGAGCGGGGUUUUAGUGUGCGACAAUAAAGAUACACAUCUCUCUCUGAGGCUGGUGCAGGGACGGUGACUGAAAAAUGUUUGUCAUCUGUAUUAAUCCUUGAAAAUGAAAGCGCAUGUCAUAAAAUAUAAUUUGUGUGUGUUUGUUGUGCAAUUAUUUCCCCCACUCCCCAGAAAAAAUUUAGAAAUCACUUUUUAGUUCAGAACCUCAGUUGCUGGUCUGUAUAUUUUAAUUUAUGAGAUUAUUUCCUAAAGGAGAUAGAGAUGUAUAUACAUACUGUAUAUUGUGGAGUUUUCUCAACUUGUGUUAAGUUUGUUAUAAUUGUUGCUCAAAUUGUGAUAUGGGGGGGGGGGGGUCAAGUAAAGGGUAAACUUUGUGUUUUGUGAAAUUUGCAAUUGGUGAAAUAGAUGUGAAUGAAUAAGCCCCCAGGUUAUGCAGCUGGUAGACUAGUUCUGUAGAGUGUAACUGUCGAGGUGCGUCUGUAUUCAACGUGCAGUCUACCAAUCCCGUAAGUGUUAAAUCGGUCAUCGAUCCUGUGUGCAGUCAUGUUUUUAAGAUGUGCACAAUGCAUUCACGGGUGUAAGCUACCAAGUUCAUGUUCUGAUUCACCAUUGGAGUUAUGUUGAUUCACUUUAAACUGAUUUGUACAGGCUGAAUUGUUGUAGAUAUUGUAGGAUUUGGCUUUUCUUUAGAAAAGAUAAUGUGCUUUGUAUUUGUCAGUGUAGAUUUAAAAAGUCUGAUUUGGUGACUGAACGUUUGUAGUGACUGGAUAGUAAGGCAUGCCAUGUAAAUUAUUUUAUAAUUGUAUAUGUUUCCACAUCUUUUGAAUAAAAUGUCAUUGUUUCAGAGAAAGG